AUGCUCCAUCAGUUCCAUCUCUCCCAGUGGAACCUAGAGCCACUUAUUGCUUCAAGCCCUCUUAUUGGACCUUCCACCUCAAUCUCCUAUCUUCAGCUGCUCCAGAGGAACCGAGUGAAGCUCAUCGAUGAACUUGGAGACAAAAUCGACUCGAUUCUGGAUCAUGCCUUGCAAAUUCAAUUAAUUUCAAAGGAUGCUUAUGAAGAUGUGAAGUAUAUCCCAGGACCCAGGAAGAAAGUUAGAACUUUGCUGGAUAUUGUUGACUGUCUUGGGGAAAUGGUGGCCGAACAAUUCAGUUUACUCAUUAACAAAAGCAAAGAUAUGUCUGAUAAAGAACCUGGGUCCAGGGAACACUUGUCUGUGAUAAAGAAACAUAAACAAGUUCUUAGCCGGAGGAAUGAGGUGAUGAUGUAUUAUAACACAAGACCUGGAGAAAAAAUUCACCUUUCAGAACAGUUCACCAACUUGCUGCUUGUAAAAGGGCAUCACAACCUUGAAUUUAAAAGGCAUGAGUUACUGUCCUUUGGGCAGCAUCGAAUUCAUUUACAGGAGAGGAGCAGCCAGCAAAUGGAGAUCAAACCAGGCCAGUUAUUUAUGCAAAUCAAUGAUAAACGAGCUCCCAAGAGAACACUAGUCUCUGGUGUAGCGGGAAUAGGGAAAACUGUCCUUUUGCAGAAGAUUGUUUUUGACUGGGCGAAUAAUCAGUGUUUUGAUAACUUCGAGUUUCUCCUACAAUUCACGUUUAGGGAUCUUAAUUUGAUUAAUAAACCAAUGAGUCUCAGGAAUCUGGUUUUGAAGAAGAAUGGUCAUUUGUGGAAAGUGCUCGAUUCUGUUUUUGAGGUUCCAGAGAAGCUGCUGAUAAUUCUGGAUGGAUUUGAUGAAUUUAAGUUUUGUGGUUGUUUAGAUGGGGAUUGCUACAUCACUGACCCUGAUGAGGAAGGGAAUUUGGUGGAUGUCAUCUACAGCCUCCUGCGAGGGGAGCUUCUCACUGGGGCCUCGGUCCUACUGACCAGCCGACCCACAGCCAUUAGCCACAUCCCAGUGGAAACCAUUGACCGCUUUGUAAUCAUCACUGGGUUUUCUGAAAAGGAAAUCAGAUACUACUUCCUGAAAUAUUACCAAGAUGAAGAAGUUGGUGGUCGAAUGUUUCAGCUUGUGAAAGAAAAUGAAUUCCUCUUUACACUGUGUUUUAUACCUGCCUUUUGUUAUAUAGUUUGCAGUGUUUUGAAAGAGAAAGAAAGGGAGAAUCAUAAACAGCCAAAAACAAUGACAGACAUUUAUAGCCGCUACCUCAGUGCGCUGCUACAGCACCACUCCCGAGUUCAGCCCUCUGGAGGAGUAGACCUCACACAAACUCUCCGAAAUCUGGGCAGAUUGGCAUAUGCCAAACUGCUGCAGCACGACACCCUGUUCUACCAACAUGAUUUGGAGGCUCAUCAUGUUGAAUUAAAUACCUUUGUAGAUAGUUUUCUGGAUAAGACCUCUGUCCAGGAACCGGACUGUGUAGAGAAUGUCUUUUCCUUCACACACUUCACCAUCCAGGAGUUUUUUGCAGCCUUGCAUUACAUACUGGAACCCGAGCCUUUCCCAGACUUGAUGAACAUGGACACGAUGAACAAAUACAAGAUGGCUACAGGCUUCUUGGAUAUAUUCCAACGAUUCUUAUCUGGUCUGUUAUCUGAGAGGAACCAGGCCUUACUCUCCAAGCACAUGAAAUUGGAUAAAGUCACAAAAUCUGAGUCCUACUGUUACUGGCUGAUAGAAGAGAUCACAGAGCAUUGUGAAAAUGGAUCAAGCAUUCUGAACCUUCUGCACUGUCUGUUCGAACAGCAAAAUGAUUCAUUAGCGGAGAGAAUAAAACCUAAAAAUUUCCGCAUCCACAUUGGGGACAAUGCACUUUGUCCAGUUGAUGUCACUGUGCUAAAAUACUUUCUAAACAUGAGGAUUGGAGAUCUAGAAGAAUUAGAUAUCACAGCAACCAGUAUAAACACUGCAGCACUGAAGAGUCUACAACCAUUUUUACACCAUUGUGAGAGAUUAUGGUGUGGAGAAAAUAAAUUGGAUUUUGAAGCGAUUAAAUUUCUGUGUGAGCUGCUAAAGUCUCCAGACUACAAACUGAAGCUGCUGGGUCUGGGCUGGACAGACAUUGGGAAUAAUGAGUUGAGAGAACUUUGUGAUGCACUAAAGGACAACAGAACACUACAGGAACUGUGGAUUGAAGGCUGCAAUGCUGAUUAUCAUGGAAUAUCUGGAUUUAUUGCAAUCUCUUCCACUAAUACUACAUUAAAGAAAGUGGUGUUAAUUGGACACUGCCUUCAAGAGGAGGAUUUGGCGAAACUGUCCCAAAAGCUGAAUCCUUCCAAUUCUAGUUUUCUCAUCACAGGGUUCAAUGACGAUCAUGGCCAGUGGAUGGGUUGGUGUGACUGGAUUCUUCAGAGGUGCCAACUGUGUGACAAUGAGAAGCUUACCUAUUUUCUCAUUAAAAUCUUCAACAAAUUUCUCCGAAACAGUACCUUCACAUGGAUGCCACAGUGGUGCAAAGAACUACAGGAACUUUUACAAGACAGAAUUCGGCAAUGCACGUCAGAGGAAAUCCGAACUAAGCUGGAGAAGCUCAAAGAAACCAUUAGUCAAUACUGAGGAAAAAAAUAUUGUAAUUCUGCAAAUUAACAAAAAAUGGUCUUGGUAGCUCAAUUGAUUAGCUCUGCUAAAGAUCAGAACAGACACAAUAGGCUGAAUGGCUAUUAAACAACACUUUCUCAUUGCAAAAUGCUUCACACCACUGAGUAUUUUGGAGGAAUGUCCCCACUAUUAUUUAUAGGCUUAUAUUGGGUAUUAUUGGAUUUGGGGAUGUGGGAUUUCCUUAUUUUGGGUAUUAUUGGAUUUAGGGAUGUGGGAUUUCCUUAUAUUGAAUAUUAUUGGAUUUAGGGAUGUGGGAUUUCCUUAUGCCCCUAUAUACAGCCACAGAUUAAGAUGUGGUUGUUGAGUUUAGAGAUGUCCUUGUAAUGUGCAUCUCUGCAAAUACAAGAUUGAGUGUGUAAACAUGGGUUCUAAUUCUGUACUUCAGCACUGGUCUAUUGGAUCUGUAAUCUGUGGCAGAUAAUUUUAAAUAUUAAUAAUUAGUGAAUGAGAUGUGACCAAUUAAUCAGUUUGUCAUGGCACUGAUUGGAUAAAGAAUGUUGGCUAGGAUAUCAGGAGAACACCUCUUGGAAUAGUUGACAUGAUAUUAUUUGCUUGCAACUGAAAAGGUCCCGGUGCAGGGGGUGUCUGGGUGUAGAGGGUGUCGCAGACAGCACAGCAUUCUCUCUGUACUGUAGUGAAAUACCAGCCUAGGUUGCUCAAACCAUGGAAGGAGUUUUUUCAACCUACAGUGUCUUGCACAAAGGGUAGAAAGUCAAUAAAUGAGUUGAACUGAAUCUCGCGGGCAAGUGUCUGAGUGCAGCGUGUGAAAUUCAGUGCUAUCUGUUAAUGAAAUGUUAAACUCAAUAGUCUCUCCUGGUAGACAUAAGACCAUAUCCUAUGUUGCUGUUUUGAAGAAGAUUGGGCACAUGCUCCCUGGUGUCCCUGGCCAAUGUUAUCUGUCAAUCAACAUCAGUGCUGUUUGCAGAAUCUUGCAGUGUGAAAAUUGGCUGCCUCAUUUCCUACAUUAUAACAGUGAUGAUGCUUCAAUAAAAGUAUUGAAUUAGCUUUAAACCCCAA